CCAAAUACAAUAUAAAAGUUUCUAUGUUUAUGCCUUUAAUAAUGUAAUUUGGGCUGUUUAUUUAAAAAAAGAAAAGAAAAUGGAUAUAGUUUGGGAAGCAAUAAGAAGGGUUGUUGGUGGUGAAAAUGAGUGUUUCAUUCCCAUUCAAAAGUCUCACUCACUCUAAUUAUAUUGCUAGACCCCAUACAUAGUAAUCAAAGAUACAGAGAGAGAGAGAAUGACGACAAGAGGUAAUCAACAACAACCACCGCAACCAAACGGUGAACAGAGGCUGAGGCAACAACAACAACAACAACCACCAGCACAAUCGUACUCAAACGGUUACAUGCAUCAACAACAUCCACAAUACUACCCUAGAACACCAUCUCGUUCAUCAUCAUCAGCAUCAUUAAAAGGAUGCUGUUGUUGCUUAUUCCUUCUAUUAUCAUUCCUAGCACUACUAGUACUUGCAAUAGUACUAGUUAUCCUUCUAGCAGUUAAACCAAAGAAACCACAGUUCGAUCUCCAACAAGUAGGUGUACAAUACAUGGGAAUAAACCCUUCUGGAACAACGGCUUCACUUUCUUUAACAAUUCGUCUUCUAUUCACAGCCGUUAACCCUAAUAAAGUUGGGAUCAAGUACGGAGAGUCCAGGUUUACUGUCAUGUACCGCGGGAUUCCUUUGGGGAAAGCUUCCGUACCUGGUUUUUAUCAAGAGGCUCAUAGUGUUAGACAGGUUGUUGCUACCAUUGCUGUUGAUAGGGUUAAUUUGCUUCAAGCUGAUGCUGCCGAUUUGAUUAGAGAUGCUUCUCUUAAUGAUCGGGUUGAUCUUCGGGUUUUGGGUGAUGUUGGUGCUAAGAUCCGGGUCAUGAAUUUUGACUCUCCUCGUGUUCAGGUCUCGGUGGAUUGUGCUAUAGUGAUUAGUCCAAGAAAACAAUCUCUUACGAACAAGCAAUGUGGAUUCGAUGGAUUGAGUGUUUAAUGACAGAUAGUAAUAUAAUUCUUGUUUACGGUAUAAAUUUCGUUAUUUUACGCUUAAUUUUCUCCCUCGGAUUCUCAUUUCUUCGAUUAAUUUUAGGAGGAAAUGAGUAGGAAAAAAUGGUGAGAGGAAAUACUGAAUUUAGAAUGGCUAUCAAAGGAGUCUCAACAAAUUGUUCAAAUCAGGGUACUAAACAUUUUCUCAAAGAAUUUUGCACAAAAUUUUGAUUUGGUUACUUACAUUGAAAGCAAAAGAAACUGCGAAACAUGUAAACUGUAAAGUGAACCCAAUUAGUGGGUGAGGCAUCUGUUUGGCUUUUGUUAACACUCUGUCUAGCCUCCCCCUUCUUUUUCCCAACCUUUUUCUUUCCACACCUUUGUACUUUUGAAAAGUGCCUUAGGAAGUUUUGCCCAUUUGAUUAUUAUAAUUUGAUGGAAAUUAUUUCUAUAAUUUUUUGGGCUAUAAAGUGUUUUGAUUAAUUUA